AGUUGCAGCACUGUAUGGUGACAGCACUCCGCUAUUCACUUGUUCCACUUUCUGUUUAAUGCUAAGUGCCGAGGAGACGUGAAAGCUAAGUCGUCGACGAGUGAUUUAUCCGUUACACGGUAUAAAAGAAUAGCGUGUUUGCUAUGUUUACUUCCCGAGGCUCCUAUUAGCCGGUUAUUAAAGCUGGCAGCUAAACGCUAGGAGCUAGCUUAGACGAUUUCGCCGGUACAGGCGGACCUCUUUGUCUGACAGGGGAAGGCGUGCUCUUUUGUUAGCUUUUCCCCUUUGUCCACUUGGGAAAGAGGAACUGUCGAGCCAGGAUUUCAUAAUCACCGCUAAUUUGGAAGUAUUUAGAAAAUGCAGAUCGCGAAAAAAUACUUUACAGAAAGCCUGAUUCAAUUAACGAUCCUACUCAGUUUGAUUGGAGUUCGGGUAGAUAUCGACAGCUACUUAAGCGGCUACUAUACGCCUCUAGCAGAGAUUAACUUGGGUCCUAGUUCUGCCUAUAUCCAAACACCCUUUCACAGUUUGAGAGAUACUCUUGACGGAUACAGUGUGCAUCCUAAAUGUCCCGAGCUAGACUACUUCUUUGCAAGUCGCCGGCUGUUGGACGAAGUGAGGACCCUUGGUUCUCCGAGGUUCCACACGCAGUUGAACGCAUGGCUUGUACACCAAGUGUCUGCCACUGACAAUGCUGAGCGAGAACCUUCAACCAGCAACAACAUUAAUACCAGUGCAGGGUUAGAAAGCCCUGGAGAUGAAGCCAGAGAUGCCAGUGAACAUCAACCUGGCAGUGGCCAAGAAGUGUACCAGACAAACCCUGACCUCGGACAAGGGCCUUGUGGCGCUGGAGCCUGCGUGUUUCCUCAAGAGGAUGAUGAAGUAAAAGUGAAGCAAGAGGAGGAACCUGUCCCACUAACUCAGCUGGCUCACAGUUCCACACUUGAACAAGAGAGUCUUCUUGAAGGGGUCACUGUACUGUCCAAUCAAGCACGUCACCAUCCUCCUCUUCCUACCAGUGAUAUUGACUGGAACAAUUUUCUUUCUGUCACAGACCUUGAUGAGUUGGAUUCACUUGUUGCUGAGCAUGUGUCUGACCUCGACACGGACAUCACUAGAGCCAUCAGCCAGGAUGUCAGUUUACAUGAUGCAACGGUAACCAGUGCUGGAGUGUUUGGUGUGGCAUCUGGAAGAGCAGAGUCCAGGACUGCCUCCCAACAGCAAAGAACCCUCUUGCGACUAGACUCCACGGGCUCCUCACUGUCAGAUGCUUCACCAGGGAUGGCUGUAGGCCUCGCUGCGCUCCCUUUUGCCACAGUAUGUAAUUUAACUGCAAAUAUGACAUCACAGUGUACACUGGGCGGCUGUCUGGAUGAGGCAGUGUUUGACCAGAUCAAUCAGCUGGGUUUGGAAGGCCUGGACAUGAUAGACAACCAGCUGAUGAACUGUUUGGAGUCCAUCGAUCCACAAGUCCUUGAGGACUUGGACUCUGAUUCUGGUCUUUCCUUGGAAAGCAGCUCUGGCGGUCCAUUGUCUCCAGGGUCAUCUGAGAUAUCUUCAUCAUCCAGCUCAUGCUGUGAUGAUGAAUGUGGAGCCACAGGCUACAGCAGUGAGGUUGAUUCACUCCCCUCAAAAGGCAUAAUAGACCACAGUACAACGUGGUCACCUGUUGAUCUGAGUGAGAGUGUGUGGCAUGACCACAGCUACUCGUCUCCUGCUCUCCUCAACAAGGCAUCAUUAAAGCUGCCCCACAAAACUGAGGAACCUUUCAGCGAUGAUGACGGGCCACAGCUGGAUGAACGGGAGCUGAGUCGCGAUGAGCUGCGUGCCCGCUCCAUGUGCAUCCCAUUCUCUGUUCUGCAGAUUGUUAACAUGCCUGUGGAAGAAUUCAUGGAAAUUCUUGAUAGUCACAGCUUCUCCCCAGAACAGGUGACUCUCCUGAGGGACAUCCGCAGGCGUGGGAAGAAUAAAUUGGCAGCCCAAAACUGUCGCAAGCGCAAACUAGAUGCCAUCACAGGACUUCAGGAAGAGGUGGAAAGGUUGCGAGCUCAGAGAGACAGACUGCUGAGAGACAAACAGCUUACAGCCAAGACAAUGGGUGCCGUGGGCCAACAGAUAAAGCAGCUGACCAGAGACGUCCUGGCUCGGCUGAGGGAUGGUUCAGGGCAGCCCCUGAACCCGGAGAGAUUCACCCUGCAGUGCGGGGCUAACGGAAGGGUUGUAGUUCAGCCCAUUAGACGGCCUGCUGUCUCCACAUCAGCUGGCAACAAAACAGACAAGAGGAAGAAGGAGAAAAAGCAAUGAUGCUUUAUUUCCAGAUGAGACUUUAGCUUUUGGGGUUUUUUUGGAUAUGAACUUACUUGCCUGAUUCUGGUUUUGGGAUCUCUUCUUUUGUAAAUGUGUGUGUGGAUUCACCACUGUUUAAAACCAAAAUAGGCAAAAGCUGCAAAAUGAAAAGACACUCAAAGCAUAAAUGAGUAAAAAUGAAUAUUUGUAAAUAAGAAAAUUGUAGCUUAUACACUGGACAUUCUUUGCUUAUUUAUGAUGGGCAAUGCAGAUGGGGUGCUUUAAGGGAACAGCUUAGCUGCUGGCAAGUCUCUCUUUGUGCCUGUUAAGAUAUGAUAAGACUAUUACUUUCAAGUGCAAGUGUGACAGUUACUGGAUAGUGAUCUAAAAGAAGGGGAUUGUGUGUGUUUGCUUGUAAUGUUGCCUUUCUUUAUAACUAUACAGUAGACUGAGAAGGUUAAAGAUUGUAUUUAUUACAGUUUCUUAGGUUCUGUCGAGGACGGUAUCCUUUUUUUUCAAAAUGGUAAUUUUAAACAUAAGUGGUAAGAAAAUUAAAAGCCAACCUAUAUAAUGUUUACAGAGUGGUUUCAGAUUCUGACAGGCAUGUAACAUUAAGUAUUGGGAUUGAAAUUUAAAAUUAGAUGUAUUUUUUUUCCUUACUUGUCUUGAUAACAUACAAGCACCAGUGAUUACAAGGACAAUGCCUUAAUUUGCAUCUGGAAUGUGUUUUUGGUUAAUUUGGGUAUUUAAUGAUCCGCAGAUGCAUGUUAUCGUAAGAAAAAAUGUUUUGAGUCUACCAUAACAUAUUAUACGUUACUGCUGAUUGGUUUUAAGCAUAUUUUGAUUUAAUCCCUUCAAGCAAAAUUUCAGUCUUCACAGGAUUAUUUACUACCCUACACCUCUGGUUUAGUUGAUUUCUGGCAACAUUAACAACAUCGUAUUGAUGUUUUGUUUCUUAUUUUUUUCCUCAGGGGAGGGUAAGUGUGUUGACAACCUUUAAAUCCUUAGUAAUGUGAUCUUAAGUGCACAUAAAAUGUCUAGAUUCUUAAGAAAAAAAGAGAUACAAUCACAACUUUUGGGUUGACUGUUUGGAUUUUUUUAAGUAUUUUAGAUUAUCUUGAGUGUUAUGACAUUUCCAUUGUAUUCAUGGGUAUACUGCUUUAUAUGAUCAACUUAGAUGAACAGAAAAUUCCUAAAUUAGUUGAAAGUGUGAAUGAAUUUUUAUUUAGUUUUGAGAAAAAAUUGACUCAACCCCUUUACUUAAAGUAUGUUGUACUAUUUUGUCUAUAAUGUUCUACCUCGUGUCCAAAUUUUGGUUAAGUUUGGUUAAGUUUUGGCUAAAUGAAAAUAUUUAUGGGAACUUAAGUGCACUUGAAUAAUAAAAAUCCAUCUGUUUUGUGACCCUAAAGGACAGGCUAGUCAUUUGA